AUGGCUUAUUUGUUGGAUUUUGAAAAUGAUUUUACCCAAACUCAACUUUUUUCUCAAGCUCAAGAUGAUUCCUUUAUGGAGCCAAACCCCGAAGAUGAGUACAUGGAUGAGGAAACCAAUGCUAAUAAUACACAGAUUGUUUCUGAAAUGGAAACUAUGGAGGAUCAACCACCGCCUGUUGAUGUCAUUCAUGAAGAUACUAAAGAUCACUUCCAAACUGACUUGGCGUGGAAAACCAAAGAAGAAGUUGUUAAAUGGGUUGAGGAACAUGCUUGGAAAAUCAUUUGCGUCCUAUUUAAAGGUAGACAAUGUAAAAAGGAGCGGGUUGAGAUGGUUUGUGAGAGGGGUGGGGAUAAACUAAGCAAGAAGAAAAAAGAUAUGGAUUGUCGUCAUAACCACCCACGUCCAAAGGAUCUUCAUGGACAUUAUAGAGUCGGAAGACUAAAAGCUCAUGAAUAUGCGGAGGUAGAUAAAAUGACACGAGCACGUAUGGCACCCUCUAAAAUUCAUAGCAAGUUGAAGGCGGAUGAUAAGAAUAACAAGACUACAUUGCAACAAAUCUAUAACGCGAGAAGUACUUUGAGAAGAAAGUAUUUGCAAGUUAUCAUAUUGGAUUGCACUUACAAGACCAAUAAGUAUGAGAUGCCCUUGAUGAACGUUGUUGGUCAUACGCCAACCAAGUCACCUUUCACCGUUGCUUUUUGUUUUUUGCAUGAUGAGUUGAAACAAAGCUAUGUAUGGGCAUUGGAACAAGUGAAGUUAAUCUUCCGGGAGUAUGCUCUACCAAAAGUCAUGGUAACCGACCAAGAGGAGGCAUUGAUUUCUGCUAUAAGGAAGGUAUUUCCGAACGCGCAAAACUUUCUCUGUACCUUUCAUGUAUGGAAUAAUGUUAGGAAGAAAUGCCAAGGGAUAAUCCAACCGCUCAAGUUGAAAGAGCUAGAGAAGAUUGCUACAUUACCUGAUGGAGAACGAGAAGUGAAGAAGAAAGAAUUCAGGAAAGUAUAUGAGGCUAAUGAAAGGAUGUGGGCAUGUUUCCACAAUGAUUGGGAAGCUUUGACUUGGUCCAUCACCGAAGAAGCGUAUGAAGAAAAUUUUGUAAAGCUCAUUGCGAAUUGGGGCGUCAAAUACCCGGAAAUCAUUAUAUAUUUACGCAAUAAAUUCUUGGAUACAAACACACAUAGAUUUGUUAGUGCAUUUAAAAACCGCCACAAGCACUUCGACAACCAAGCUACAAGUAUGGUAGAGUCGGCUCACUAUCGUUUGAAGAGGAAUCUAUUUGGGUGCGUGGACACGUUCGUCACGGUGUUUGACGCAAUGGAAGACUAUUUUAUGAGUGACGUUAUAAGAAUUGGAACGUUAUUCGGAAAAAAUCUAAUGAUGAAGCAUGAUGAAUUCCCGGAUGAUAAGUGGAUCCGGGGUCUAACCCACAGGGUCUCUCAUUUUUGCAUUGAACUUAUAAUGAAGGAAGUGGAUUUGAUGGAGAAAAUGGAUGCUAACUCCCAAGAAGAGUGUGUUUGUAAAAUGAAGGAAAGCAUGGGACUUCCGUGUCGGCAUGAACUACUUCGGUACAAGGAUUGUCUUAUACCUUUUGAGGAUAUUGAUCCCCAUUGGAAACAAUUGAGUAAUGAUCCUAUGCCCGACGAGGACGAUGAUGUAGAUAUUUGGGACACACCUUAUGGCAAAAGGUAUAUUCAAACCGGAAAAGGGUCCAAAAAAGGUAGGCCACCCACGAAAGAAAACCGAAAAGAGCAGAGAGCAAGAGCGUAUGCCCUUAGUACCGAAAAACCCACACCUACCGCAAGGGAUCCAUGCGGGGUCGAGUACCAUGAUGCAAAGUACGAAGAAGAUAAAAAGGCAAUAGAGAUGUUAGACAAGAUGGGUGAAGUGAAGCUAUCAAAGAAACGUGGUCGACCGAGAAAGGAUAAAGGUGAAACAAGUAACAAAGAAGUUAAGAAUAGUGGUCCUCUAUGUCCUCCCCCAUUGGAAGUAGACGUCAAGCUUAAUGGUAAGAUGUUUUCAUCUCAACAAAUCGAAACAACAAAGACAAAUCCGGUGCCCAAGCAAAAGGAGAAGAAAACCAUAUAUGCGGAAGGUAGAAUGAAAGGUCCCAAAAGAGAUAGUUUGGGGAAGUGUUUAAGACCUUCUAAUAUGAUUUACCGAAACUACUUGGAUAACCUACCCAAAGCCAUUCAUGAGUUUAUUAUAUCCAUGGACGAUGUCGAAGGGGAUGGCAAUUGUGGUUUCCAUGUCACCGCGGAACAACUAGGGCCUUUUAAAUAUGGGAACCAUCCGGUUGCCCAAGUGGACGAAGUAAAUUAUAUUCGACAAAGAUUGUUACAAACACUACGCCGAAACAAGGACUUCUACAAUUCAAUGAUGCUAGGUGGCGGAGACCACGGGGUCACACACGAGUUCAUUAGUUUUGAACGGCAUUUACAUGGGGAUGCCGUGAUCACAAGAGACCAUUGGAUGCAAAUGCCGAUAUGUGGGUUUUUAAUCGCGGAGACCUUCAAUUGUGUUGUCCAUUCAUUUGAGAGGGUCGGAAGUUGUUACACCUACGCGCCGCCAACAAAACCUUGCAAUGAGAGUGUGUAA